CUGCUCCUCCCAGCGUCGCUUCACUCAGCGGCGGCCACUGUCGCAAGAGGAAAAAGGAAGCCAGUCCGUAGCCCGUCGCAUUCUCCAGCCUGGGAUCUCAAGCCCAGUAGCCAAGAAGGCGCGCUCUGAUGUUACCCCCACCCCGGUCUGUUCUGCCUCAGUCUCGGGAUCCAUCCCGAACACUUUCCGAGAGGCGCCUCCGUAAGACGGCACUCGAUUGAACCCGCCUGUCUCUACAGCCCAAGGAGGCGGGUUAGCCGCGGCCGCUGCCAGGCCAAAACGAGUCCUUCCUGCGCACGCGCAGUAGACAGCCGAUGGAGCCACCGAUGGAGCCGUCCGGAGGGGAGCAAGAGCCGAGAGCCGUCAGGCUCCUGGACCUGCCCUGGGAAGACGUGCUGCUCCCACACGUCCUGAGCCGGGUCCCGCUGCGCCAGCUGCUCCGGCUGCAGCGCGUCAGCCGGGCCUUCCGGGCGCUAGUGCAGCUGCACCUGGCCGGGCUGCGCCGCUUCGACGCGGCUCAGGUGGGGCCGCAGAUCCCGCGGGCCGCCUUGGCCUGGCUGCUGCGGGACGCCGAGGGGCUGCAGGAGCUGGCGCUGGCGCCGUGUCACGAGUGGCUGGCGGACGAGGAUCUGGUGCCGGUCCUGGCGCGGAAUCCGCAGCUGCGGAGCGUGGCGCUGGCCGGCUGCGGGCAACUGAGUCGCCGCGCGCUGGGGGCGCUGGCCGAGGGCUGCCCCCGCCUGCAGCGCCUGUCGCUCGCGCACUGUGACUGGGUAGACGGGUUGGCGCUGCGCGGCCUCGCGGACCGCUGCCCAGCCCUCGAAGAGCUGGACCUCACCGCCUGCCGUCAGCUCAAGGAUGAGGCCAUCGUGUACCUGGCGCAGAGGCGCGGCGCUGGCCUCCGUAGCCUCUCGCUGGCGGUCAACGCCAAUGUGGGGGAUGCCGCGGUCCAGGAGUUGGCUCGGAACUGCCCGAAACUCCAGCAUCUCGACCUAACCGGCUGCCUCCGCGUGGGAAGCGACGGCGUCAGGACAUUGGCAGAGUACUGCCCGACGCUGCGCUCCCUCCGGGUGCGGCACUGCCACCAUGUGGCAGAGCCCAGCCUGAGCCGCUUGCGGAAGCGGGGUGUGGACAUCGACGUGGAGCCGCCACUGCACCAGGCCCUGGUGCUGCUGCAAGACAUGGUGGGCUUCGCACCUUUUGUCAACCUGCAGGUCUGACCAACCCUCCAGUGGGGCACAGCUGGACUGUGGGGGCCCCUGGAGAGAGGCCAAAGCCCGGCCCCACCCUGGAGCUUCAAAUAAAGAGCUUUUUACCCCCUCUUGCCUGGCGCUUCUGCCCUUCUGGAGAUAGGAGAGACAAGGUUGGGAGAGGUACGACAGACACAGUACCUCCCCCAGCACUCCAGCACCCCAGCUGUAAGGCAAAAAUGACCAGAAUGCACUCACACCUUCCUGGGGCCACCUUUACUAUGCCCAUGGGCAGCUCUAAGAGGUUAACACUGGAGCAAGGAAGUAGAGAAAGUAGUAGGGAAGGGAGGAAAGGAGUUGGGUGGGCCCUGUGUGGGGUGCAGGGCUCCUGCAUCCCUCUGGGAUCUGAGCCUAGAGAGGCUCAGGCAGAGUCCGGCGAAUGCCUCAGUGGAAGCGGUACUUUCUGGCUGGCUUGAGGUUGAUGUACGUGGCCUUCAUCUCCUCAGCCUCAGGGUUCCGCACAUCUUUGUAUCUUUCCCCUUUGGUGCUCACCACCUGGUUGUCAAUGUAACGGAUCAGCUUCUUCGGAGCCUGUCAAGCAAUAAGGCAGGAAGUAGUAAAAGCCAGGAGACAGUCCCACUCACUCCACAUCCCUAGCAGCCCCAACCCUCUCACCUCCUUGGGAGCCAUGGGCCGGUGAAUCUUCUGAUCCUCUGCACUAUCCACCAUCAUGUACCUGCCAAAAACCGGCUGGGUGAAGCUCAUGCCACCCUUGGGAAGCCCCUCAAUAGGGCCCACCCCAGCCCAGCUCAGCCUCACUUCUGCAAGAUGAAGGACUUCAACUCAUCCUU